AUCCUAAAGACGCAAAUAAAUCAACAUCUAAACACACUUGACUCCACAACAUUUUUUGAAAGUGAAAAUCUACUAACACAAAAACUUGCUGCAGAUAUUAAGAAGACACAAACAAACAAAUACGAAAAACUAAAAGACAAACAAAAACAACUUUUAAACAUAAAGGGUGUACCAGGGUGGUUCUGCAACACGUCAACUACGCAAAUUCCUAAUGACAUUCAGUGGCUUCUUUCUCUUGGUCCUAAAUUUGCCUUACCAACAAGUAAUAAAGAAUUUCCAUUAUUUCAAUUUAUAGCAGAUGGGGAAAACUGCAUUCAAAAAAUCAAGGAUAAAGAAAAACAAGAAAUCGAAAGGAACAACUUGACGACACUAAUACGUGACCAUCUCAAUAAGAGAACAGAAUCAACGAGAAAUAAGUUUAUUCGCGAUACUGUACAUGCCACAAAAACAUUUUUAAAGAACAAUAAACACCUUUUAGUUCUUAAUGCCGAUAAAGGGAACGUAACCGUAGUUAUGAACAAGGCUGAGUACGAUACAAAGAUGCAGUCAAUCGUCAACAACAUCUGCACUUAUAGAAUUUUGAAACGUGACCCAACCAGUAAAUUACAAGACAAAAAUAAUGAAAUAGUGGAGAGAUUAUAUAAUAACAAGGCCAUUGAUUUAAAAGAAAAGAACAAUCUUAUUAGUAAAACAGCCAAUCCACCAAGAAUCUAUGGUUUACCAAAAAUUAAUAAAGAAGGGAUACCCCUCAGACCCAUUUGUUCGUCCAUCAAGUCCCCGUCCUACAAUUUGUGCAAAUACGUUGCCAAUAUCCUUAGAAACAUUACAAAAUCGUCCAAUUACAAUGUUAAAGACGCGAUUGAUUUCAAGAACAGGAUUAAAGAUAGUUAUAUAUAUGAUGACGAAAGUUUGGUGUCGUUCGAUAUUGUUUCGUUAUUCCCAAGUAUCCCGGUGGAUUUGGCUAUAAAUAUUAUUGCCUCGAAGUGGAAUGAUAUUAAAGAGCAUACAAAUUUGUCUAAGGAUUUAUUCUUAAGUAUGGUAAAAUUUUGCAUAAAAGACAAUCGAUAUUUUAAAUAUAAUGGCAAACUAUUUGAGCAAUUGUCAGGAAUGCCUAUGGGCUCCCCAGCUUCACCAGUGAUAGCUGAUAUAGUAAUGGAAGAUUUACUGACCAAAUUUGAAAGUGAUUGUUCUAAUAAACCGCGUCUCCUAACCAAGUAUGUGGAUGAUUUGUUCGCGAUAAUUAAAACAGAAGAUAUAGACAAAAUGCUUACUUUAUUAAACAGCUACCAAAAGACGAUAAAAUUUACGAUAGAAAUAGAAAAAGAUGGAAACCUACCAUAUCUGGACACCCUAGUAAUCAGGAAGAACAACCGAUUAAAAAUUGACUGGUAUGCAAAACCUACGUCGUCGGGGAGAUUAAUUAAUUAUAAUUCGAAACAUGAGAGGAAGACUAUUUUAAACACCGCAACCAAUUUUAUUAGAAGAGUUCUCAUUAUUAGCGACAAACAUUUUCAUAAAAGGAACAAAAAUAUAAUCCAACAAAUUUUGGAACAGAACGAAUUCCCCUCUUGCCUAAUUAGGAAAGUCAUUCAGAAUUAUUACGUCAGGACCGAUAAAGAAAAUACUUAUAAUGAG